GGUGAGUUUGAAGAUAACAACACAAACAAACACGAAACCAAAACUCCAUCAUUUCAUUUCCAUUCUCCACACUUUCUUCUCAUUAUUAUUACAAAUUACAAUAUUCUUUUUUUCCAUUUUUAUUUUUUUUGUCUUUAUUAUUAUUACAACAAAAACAACCGCCGCAAAAAAACAUUAAAAAAAUAAAACAUGUCCACCACCAACUCGACCGACGCCGACACGCCACCACAACAACCACCGCGUCCCACGAUCACCCUCCCACCACGUCCCUCCGUGGAAGCAUUCUUCGCCGGCGCCGCCAGUCCUGGACCUAUGACACUAGUUUCGAGCUUCUUCGCCACCGAAUCCGCCACCUUCUCUCAGCUUCUCGCCGGUGCCAUGGCUUCUCCUCUCGCUUUCUCAACCGCCGUCGAUAGUAAAGAAGAUGAUGGGACCUACAGGUUCAAACAGAGUAGACCUAUGAACUUGGUCAUUGCUCGUUCUCCAGUUUUCACUAUUCCUCCUGGUUUGAGUCCUUCUGGUUUUCUUAACUCACCUGGUUUCUUUUCUCCUCAGAGUCCCUUUGGGAUGUCACACCAACAGGCUUUAGCACAAGUUACAGCUCAAGCUGUCCUAGCACAAUCUCAUAUGCACAUGCAACCUGAUUACCAGCCAGUCUCACUAGAUUACCAGCCGGUCUCACUUGAAGCUCCAACCGAACCACCAGUAGAGAACCCAUCUUUUACUCGAAAUGAAACUUCAGAGGUGCAAGUAGUAGCACCUAUAUCAGAACCUAGAAAUGCUCAAACGGAAACGUCAGAGCUUUCGUAUUCUGAUAAGAAACAGCAACCAUCUUCAUUACCAAUUGACAAACCUGCAGAUGAUGGCUACAACUGGCGUAAGUAUGGACAGAAGCAGGUUAAGGGGAGCGAGUAUCCGCGGAGCUACUACAAAUGCACGCAUCUGAAUUGUCCCGUGAAGAAAAAAGUUGAGCGUGCUCCUGAUGGUCAUAUAACUGAAAUUAUCUAUAAAGGCCAGCAUAACCAUGAGAAGCCGCAAGCAAAUCGGCGCAUCAAAGAUAAUAGUGACGUGAAUGGAAAUGCUAAUGUUCAACCUAAGUCUGACUCAAACUCACAAGGUUGGUUUGCAAAUUCAAACAAAACUAGUGAAAGUGUGCCUGAUUGUUCUGUGGUUGAGAGUGACCAGACCUCUAACCAAGGCGCUCCUAGGCCAUUGCCUGGAUUGAGUGAGAGUGAGGAAGUUGGUGAUGCAGGCAAUAAGGAAGAGGGAGAUGACUGUGAGCCAAACCCUAAGAGAAGGAGCAUUGAACCUGUGGUUCCUGAAGUACCUCUAUCUCAGAAGACUGUCACAGAACCCAAAAUCAUUGUGCAAACAAGAAGUGAAGUUGAUCUUUUGGAUGACGGCUACAGGUGGCGAAAGUAUGGUCAGAAAGUGGUGAAGGGAAAUCCUCAUCCAAGGAGUUAUUACAAGUGCACUAGUGCAGGCUGCAACGUGCGUAAACAUGUCGAGAGAGCAUCAACAGACCCAAAAGCUGUCAUAACUACAUAUGAGGGAAAACAUAACCACGACGUCCCUGCCGCUAGACACAGCAGCCACAACACAGCCAGUAGCAAUUCGAUGCCAUCAAAACCGCAGCCUGUGGCAGCAGAGAAGCAUCCUUUGCUUAAAGAUAUGGAGUUCGGAAACAACAAUCAGAGACCUGUACAUUUACGCUUAAAAGAAGAGCAAAUCAUCGUAUAAAAGUCCGGUACAGAAUGAAGUUGUUUUGAUUAUGAAUUUGGUAGUAAGAAGAAUGCAUGCUUAUUGUUUUCUAGUUUAUUUUCUUUUCUGUAUGUAACACAUUUUGUACAUUGAAAUUAUGGAAUUGUUUGUAUAAGACAAUAUUGUUCACAGGUACGAAGAUCAUUUAAAUUGAUCUAUGGACAUUAUUAUAAAUUGAUAAACUAUGAUGCUUCUAGUAUUGUCUAAUACUUCUUGUAGAGGACAGUUCUAGAGUAUAAAUAAAAUUGAUAAACUAGCAUCACAAGAUUGAUCUUCUUUGUAAGUUAUGGAAGUUGAAUGAAUUAUUUUGCCAAUGUUUUGUAUGAAUU